UGUUAAUUAUACUUGUCAUCAAUCAGGUUGAUUUUGAUUGAUUAUUUCGUUACUUGAAAGAAAUUAUGUGAAUUUUAAGUGUUUUCCCUACAAGCAAAGCGCGCCUUUUCCCCAACAACUUGCCCGUUUUUUAACCUAACCUUUCGGACUUUCGGAGUGGGUAUAGAUGCAGGUGGGCCGAGCAGAGCCGAAGCGGCCGAGCAGUGCCGACACAUUGAGACCGGUCUUGGCGGCUUGAAGCAUUUUGGUUCGAGCGUUAGUUCGCAGCGGUUCGUGUUCUGAUCGUUCCGUUCGUGCGUUACUCGGCUUUUUUGACUUGGUGCGAACUCUGGUGUGUUUGUUUCAAUUUCGUGAAAUGUUUCAGCAGGCACCAAUGUCAUUGGACUUGUCAAAUUAACUAUGUGGUUUGACAAACAGGUUGGUUCCUAAUCGCUCUUUUCGAGAACCCAACUAAGCCAGAACAGAAGAAAUCUGACAAUUCAGAAUUGUGCCAUGAUGGGGUUGCAGACGACGUCCUCAGCAGUUGUUAACAAUAAAAGGAAGUUUGAGACCUGGGAUUAUCGAGCCUCGCCAUCGAAGAUUAGCAAGUGGGAUGUGUCGACCAGUAGCGACGAUUGCAUUGCUCGAUUGCAAGCGGUUGCCGUGCCCUCACCGGACGCUUGGUAUAGGUUUCCGUCAGCGGUUAGCGAAGAAAAUUGCACAUUUUAUGACUUUGAUGAUCUGAGCAGCAGCAGCGAUGAUGAUAUGGGUCGGUGCUCCCCCGAACCGCCUCGGUUCAGAGCAACAACUGGACCUCUUGUGGAACCGCCCCGGUUCUCUGCUCCUACGCCUGCUCCGCUUUUUGAUCGAUUGGCUUUGAUGAAAGGGUGGCAAAAUUCACAACAGCAGCAGCAGCAAACAAUCAGUCGAGAUGAAAAUGGUAAAUCGUACUUCGAACUGGGCGCUGCUCCGAAAGUGAACAACGCAGCGUUGCGGUGUUGCGACGGCAGAGCCCGCUGGUGUCAAGUGCAAACGUUCAAGCAGCGCCGCCUCGCAAUGAUCAAUCUCUCCAUCAGUAAGCUCACGCUCUACAAGGAUCGUUUGGAGCACCAUUUGCAGCGCUCUGUUGUGGUGCAUAAUACUGUUGCGCGCUUGCAACGCGAGAUGGCGGACGAUCCACCCGAGCCAAGUUACCCGCUGCUGCCCGAGCUACCAGCUCCGAAUCGCGUGUCGCCGGUAUUUGAGGCGAGCGGGUACGAGCAAAGCCUGCGCGAUAUGGCGGGAACGUCGGGCCGCGCCACCCCAUUUCCGGCCUCUACGUCGGACACGGAUUCCGGCCUGGGUGACGACGACUACGCUCCCACCAUCAAUUGGAGCUCAGUGCUUUUGUCCUCCCAUUUGGACUUGGAGCCGAUGAACAAUCAUGAUCUUUAUGCGGAACUUGGACUGAAUGCCUCCAACUCCUGUCAGGAGCUGUCGUCCACGUUGCGGACGGACUCUUUGAUCUCUGAUCAGGACGCCUUCGUUCAAAUCCUGAUCGGCACCAACACGUAGCAAUAAGCGACCGAUUCUUAGACUUACUCAGGUUGUGAUCCCCAAUUAUGCGUCGUCAUUCAUUCAACAAUAAUUGCUUACUUGUUUCGUUUCAAAGCGAUUGGACUAUGGGUACUUAGUAUAAUGCAACAUCGCAUUUCUCUGAUCUCGACCGCUCAAUUUUAUUAAGCGCAGCUUAGACGGCAUGACCUCUUCUGAUCAGUACUUUAAUGGGACAAAUUUACCGCACUACGACAAUGUCGACUUUCUAAAUCGGCCUUAAAUGUUAAAUUUUAUAUUCAACUGAAGAUUGGAAACUAUCAAACGGCAGAAAUAUAUCAAAAACUGAUGAAAAUGUUUGCCUUGUUCGAGUCCAUUGCAAAAGGGGUGUUAGAUAUCAGAUUUGGGAGGUUCGUUGUCAGAUUUCACUAAAAAGCUUUCUCCCCAGAAUCAGAUCACCAUUUCUCAAUUGGCAGGUUAGAACAAUGGCUCUCCAUUUCCCAUUAGAGCACUAAGACGAUGGUUUCCCUUGGUGAUUUUAGUUGAAACUCCUGGAGCAAUUACGAACAAUUAUUUUUAUAUACAAAUGCCCCCUUUCGUUCAAUUUUUUUGGACAUGUUUGAUCUAGGCUGCGUCGCUCAAAUGAACCUUAGGAAAAAUUAUAUUAUAUAGAAAAUCCUCUAGGUAUAGUGAAAUGUAGGUAUAAUGUCGGUAUAUAAGAGAUUUAGCUUUAGGCAUGUAAAUAUGGAACACAUUAAUAAAUUAACGUUACUAUAAA